GUGACAGUGUGAGCGGAGUGCAGAGUGAGGGAAAGAGAGAAGAGAGAAAUGGCGGUAUCGUGGUGUCAUUCCUCAACCUUCAACUUGAAGUCUCUCAGCACAAUCCUCAAAUUCAAUUUUCCCUCAUCAUUCUCAGUUUCCUUUCCAAUCCCUAAUUCCAAUUCCUCUUUUACUACUCUGUCCUGCCGUGCCACCAAUUCCCAAACGGGCCCUGUCAAGCCCAAAAAGAAGAAGAAGAAGAAGAAGAGUGCCGUUGUAGAUGAUGAUUCCCUAUCUAUGAAUCCCAACGACUUCGAAAUUUUGAACGAUUUUACCCUCCGUAAUGACGUUGACUCUUCCAAUUCUUCAAUCCCUUACCCUUCUAUGCCGUUGCCCGAACCUCCCGCUGGAUUCGUUUUAGACGAUAACGGGAAGGUUCUCCACGCUUCCACGGAUCGACUUGUCACUGUUGUUGAUCCUGCCAAUAACCUUCCGUUGGAGUGUGUGAUAAGGAGAAUGUUCAAAAGUUCCGAUAGGGAUGAAUGUGUCUUGCUCUGCCCUGUUGACACGCCUAUUCAAAUAUUGAAGAGCACAAAAGUUGAUGGGUGGUCUGCUAUCAGUGAUGAGGAAGUUGAAUCUAUGCUGCCUGCUGCAGCUUAUGCACUUGCCAAGAUACACAUGCAUCUUGUUUAUAGUGGGUACUGUUAUACAGCACGCGGUGGUUUUUGCUACACAGAAGAAGACAUAUUUGACUUUCACACAGAUGAUGGCAAAGGAGUGGAUGGCUUGCCUACUGAAGGUGUAGAAAUUACAUCUUUCAAUCUGGAAGGUGCCCGCUACAUGAUUUAUACACCAUCUGAUCCACUUCUUUUUGUUGCUGUGAAGGGUGAGAACGGGAAGUUGUUCAUUGCUGAUGAUGACCUGCUUGAUGAUCCUGCUGUUGUUGACGCCAUAGAUGAGGAAACCGAAUUUAAUGCCUUAGUGGAAGAAGCUGCACUUAUUGACGCACUGAUGGAUGAAAGAUAACCUAUAAAAUAGUACCCUUUUUUCAGUAAAAUUGUACCGUUGCUGUAACUCUAGAAUUUGUCAUCUUUUCUUUUGGUCCUCUGGAAUGCCACGUCCUGGCCUUCAGCAGAUAUCUGGGGAUGUUGGAUAGAAUGGCCCAUUUGCCCCUUUUUGUGUAUAUGAUCAAUUUUGUUAAGCGUGGAAAUAAGAUAGAGCCCUCCUUUGCGCCAAAUAUAUAUAAUCUUUUCAAUAUAAAGGGUGGGGGAUCAAUUUUUCUUGUUCGCUGUUUGUGUUGGACUUGUCUCUAGUUAUCUAAUUAGCCUGCAGC